UCUUCCUGUAGCUGACGAUUUUCAAGAGAGCUGGUCCAGAACAACCUCGGGGACACUGGCAAUCUUGGCCGGCGAUUGCGCGCUGCGACACUCAACGGAUGGCACUGGCGGAAUUUCCAAAUUGUCUCGUCUCCUACAGCUGGAGAGCUCCAAGCACUAUAAGCCCCUGAGCCUCCCCACCGCCGAGUCGACUACCCCCGAUCCCACUUCCACCUCUCGUCUCCUUUGAGCCACGUCCCAUCUACAACAUCCUCCACCAACACCACCCACGGCCAACCGCCGGCGAUCCUGCCCACCAUGUCCGGCUUUCUCGAGAGCGCCUACAGUCUUGUCCACCAGGACAAUGCUGCCGACGUCCCCACCGUCUCCGACCUGCGCACGCAGUUGGAGAAGGGCACCGAUGAGACCAAGGUCGAGACCAUGAAGCGCAUCUUGACCAUUAUGCUCAACGGAGAUCCCAUGCCCUCUCUGCUCAUGCACAUCAUUCGAUUCGUUAUGCCCUCAAAGUACAAGCCUCUCAAGAAGCUCCUAUACUUCUACUAUGAGAUCUGCCCCAAGCUCGACAGCACCGGCAAGUUGAAGCAGGAGAUGAUUCUGGUUUGCAAUGGCAUCCGGAAUGACCUCCAGCACCCCAACGAGUACAUCCGAGGAAAUACCCUGCGCUUCCUUUGCAAGUUGAGGGAGGCUGAGUUGAUCGAGCCCCUCCUAUCAUCGGCCCGAUCCUGCCUCGAGCACCGACACGCUUACGUCCGAAAGAACGCCGUCUUCGCCGUCUCUUCGAUUUACUUGCACUCGCCCACCCUGAUCCCCGAUGCCUCAGAACUCAUUUCUACAUUCUUGGACGGGGAGACGGAUGCUACCUGCAAGAGGAAUGCAUUCGCUGCCUUGGCCAGCAUCGACCACGACGCUGCUCUUCUUUAUCUUAGCUCUGUCUUCGAGGGUAUUCCUAAUGCAGAGGAACUUCUGCAGCUUGUUGAACUGGAGUUCAUCCGCAAGGAUGCUGUCCAAAACUCUCAGAAUAAGGCACGCUACCUGAGGUUAAUCUUCGACUUGCUAGAGGCUGGCGUUUCGACCGUCGUUUACGAGGCUGCUUCAUCACUCACAGCUCUGACAAACAACCCUGUUGCCGUCAAGGCCGCCGCCGCGAAGUUUAUCGAGCUCAGCAUUAAGGAGGCAGACAACAACGUUAAGCUGAUUGUGCUUGAUCGAGUCGAUCAGCUGCGCAAGAAGAACGAUGGCGUCUUGGACGAUUUGACCAUGGAGAUUCUGCGGGUGCUCUCUAGCACCGAUAUCGACGUCCGGAGAAAGGCUCUCGUCAUUGCCCUUGAGAUGGUUACCAGCAAGAAUGUCGAGGAAGUCGUGCUUCUGCUCAAGAAGGAACUCUCCAAGACAGUUGACCAAGAGUAUGAGAAGAACGCCGAGUACCGGUCCCUCCUUAUUCACUCCAUCCAUCAGUGCGCCAUCAAGUUCUCCGAGGUUGCCGCCAGUGUGGUGGAACUUCUUAUGGACUUCAUUGCUGACUUCAACAAUGCCUCCGCUGUUGAUGUGAUCAACUUCGUCAAGGAGGUUGUGGAGAAAUUCCCCAACCUCCGAACUACCAUCAUCGGACGCCUCGUAUCCACAUUGGGCGAGGUUCGAGCUGGCAAGGUUUACCGGGGGAUCAUGUGGAUCAUCGGUGAGUACUCGCUUGAAGAGAAGGAUAUUCGGGAUGCUUGGAAGAGGAUACGUGCCAGCCUGGGCGAGAUGCCUAUUCUGGCCUCGGAACAGCGCCUGUUGGACUCUCAUGACGAUGAGGACAAACCCGAGGAUCAUGUCAAUGGCAACUCAAAGACAGCAGCGCCAACUGGCUCGCGCAAGGUUCUUGCCGAUGGCACUUACGCUACUGAGACGGCUCUCACCAGCCAAUCUUCCGCCGCCGCUAAGCUAGAAGCCGUGAAGGCUGCCCAGAAACCCCCCCUGCGUCAACUCAUCCUCGAUGGUGACUACUAUCUUGCCACCGUUCUGUCAUCGACCCUCGUCAAGCUCGUGAUGCGCCACUCCGAGAUCUCAUCUGACAAGGCACGAACCAACGCUCUGAGGGCCGAGGCCAUGCUCAUCAUGAUCUCCAUCAUCCGUGUUGGACAGUCGCACUUCGUCAAGGCCCCUAUUGACGAGGACUCUGUGGAUCGCAUCAUGUCUUGUGUGCGAUCACUCGCGGAGUUCGAGGAGAAGAAAGAACUUGAGACCGUCUGGCUGGAAGAUACUCGGAAGGCUUUCCGCGCUAUGGUCCAAGUCGAGGAGAAGAAGCGGGCUGCCAAGGAGGCUGUCGAGAAGGCAAAGACUGCCGUGCAGGUUGACGAUGUCGUCCAGAUCCGCCAACUAUCCAAGAAGAACGCCGGUGACGGUUUAGAUGAGAUUGAGAUGGAUCUUGAACGGGCAACCGGCGGCGAGUCGAAUGCUGAGGAUUUGUCUUCCAAGCUCAGCCGCGUGGUCCAACUGACUGGCUUCUCUGACCCCGUCUAUGCUGAGGCAUACGUCAAGGUCCACCAAUUCGAUAUCGUCCUCGAUGUCCUUCUCGUUAACCAAACGACGGACACGCUCCAGAACCUGUCGGUUGAGUUUGCGACUUUGGGCGAUCUCAAGGUUGUUGAGCGACCUACGACUCAGAACCUUGGCCCUCACGACUUCCAUAAUGUGCAAUGCACAAUCAAGGUCUCGUCGACAGACACUGGCGUCAUCUUCGGCAAUGUUGUCUAUGACGGGGCCCACUCUACUGACACCAAUGUUGUCAUUCUCAACGACCUGCACGUGGACAUUAUGGACUACAUCCAGCCAGCCACCUGCACAGAGACACAAUUCCGUACCAUGUGGACCGAAUUCGAGUGGGAGAACAAGGUCAACAUCAACUCCAAGGCAACAUCGCUGCGGGACUUCCUUGAGCAACUUAUGGCGUGUACAAAUAUGAACUGUCUGACACCAGAGGCCAGCCUCAAGGGCGACUGCCAGUUUCUGAGUGCCAAUCUCUAUGCCCGCAGUGUGUUUGGUAAGCUGCAUCAUAUACGGUGGAUCUGAACCGAGACUUGUUUGCUAACUGUCAUAUAGGUGAGGAUGCACUUGCCAACCUCAGUAUUGAGAAGGAGGG